GGAGGGAAGAAGCGGUGGAAGAGAAAGCGAGAGAUAUGGCGCGAGCUCCCCUUCAUUUGAAGUUAAAUCGGAGUAUCGUCGCCUAUGCAAAGGAGACUGAACCAAGGGUUCAUCUACCAAACAAGACUCCUCUGAAUUCUCGGGUUUUGGUUCUCGGAGGAACUGGAAGAGUUGGCGGAUCUACUGCUACAGCUCUUUCUAAACUCUGUCCUGAUCUCCGAAUCGUUGUCGGAGGUAGAAAUAGGGAGAAAGGUGCUGCUCUAGUGGCUAUGCUUGGUGAAAGCUCUGAGUUUGCAGAAGUCAAUAUCGACAAUAUAAAAUCAUUGGAAGCAGCUUUAAAAGAUGUGGAUCUUGUAAUUCAUGCAGCAGGACCCUUUCAGCAGACGGAGACAUGCACUGUACUAGAAGCUGCCAUAUCUACCAAGACAGCAUAUGUGGAUGUCUGUGAUGAUACAAGCUAUGCAUGGCGAGCAAAAUCUUUUCACAAGAAAGCAGUAGCUGCCAACAUUCCAGCCAUAACAACUGCUGGAAUUUACCCUGGAGUGAGCAAUGUGAUGGCAGCUGAAUUGGUUCGUGCUUCUAGAGGUGAUGGUAGAGGUGAGCCUGAAAGGCUAAGAUUUUUCUACUACACAGCAGGUUCUGGUGGUGCCGGCCCAACAAUUUUAGCAACCAGCUUUUUGCUUCUUGGAGAAGAUGUGAUUGCCUACAAUAAAGGAGAAAAAAUCAAAUUAAAGCCUUAUAGUGGAAUGCUCACCAUUGACUUUGGAAAAGGGAUUGGAAAGAGAGAUGUUUAUUUGUUGAACUUGCCUGAAGUAAGAAGUGCUUAUGAAAUCUUGGGGGUACCUACUGUUAGUGCUCGAUUUGGCACUGCUCCUUUCUUUUGGAAUUGGGGAAUGGUUGCCAUGACAAGUCUUCUUCCUGCGGAGUUUUUAAGAGACAGGAGCAAAGUACAGAAGUUAGUUGAAUUGUUUGAUCCACUAGUCCGAGGUAUUGAUGGGAUUGCAGGAGAGCGUGUGUCAAUGAGGGUGGAUUUAGAGUGCUCAAAAGGACGCAGUACACUAGGUAUAUUCAGUCACAGAAGCCUUUCCGUAUCUGUGGGAACUGCCACAGCUGCAUUUGCAAUGGCUGUUCUCGAGGGAAGCACACAACCUGGGGUUUGGUUUCCGGAAGAGCCCGAAGGAAUUGCAAUUGAGGCAAGAGAGGUGCUUCUCAAACGUGCAGCACAAGGAACAAUAAAUUUUGUUAUGAACAAGCCUCCAUGGAUGGUGGAGACCGACCCAAAAGAGAUCGGGUUAGGAAUAUAUGUUUGAGGAUACUCAAAUUCAAAGCCUAAGCACCGCUAGAUUUAGCUUCAGCAGCUACCUUUUUGCAAUAUCAGAGAGGUGUCAAAAGCUGCAUGGUCUGUGGAGUGGAUUGUCAAGUUUGCCUUUAGUGUAGGAUCAUGCAUUACGGAGAAAUUAAUGAACGCCACUAGUUCAUUGGUCUAAUAUUCCCCUGGUAUUUGGAUGAAGCAUAUAAUACACAUUUAUAAUUGUCUAAAGCAGUCAUCAGAAACAUAAUUAAAAUUGUCAUUCUUUUUUUUAUAAAAUUUUGAUUCUUUUAAGCAAAAUAAAUCACUACAACCCUUAUAAUAUUGGCACCAUCAGGUUUAUGAUUCUUCA